CGCUUGCGUAAUUACAGCCGAUAAACAGAGCGUCAGCCUCAGUCCUUCUCUGAGCCGCUUGGUGUAGCGCAGGAGGGGCAGACAGAAUGGCUCUUUCGAGAACAAGCUACGUUCUGUGGCUGUUAGGAGUUCUAGUUUUCCUCUCGGAGACGCGACAGGCUGAGGCUCAGCAUUGUAUCUGGUACGGGGAAUGCGGCACCUCUGCUCAUGUCCCAGAUAAGAAGUACAACUGUAACUACACAGGACCUCCUAAACCCCUGCCUAAAGAUGGACAAGGCCUCUUACUGGAACUUUGCCCAGGUUUGGUCUACGGUGACCAGAGCGUCUGCUGCGACACCCAGCAACUGAAGACGCUGAAAGACAACAUCCAGAUACCUUUACAAUACCUGUCCAGGUGUCCGGCAUGCUUCUUCAACUUCAUGACGCUGUUCUGCGAGCUGACCUGCAGCCCCCGGCAGAGCGUGUUCCUCAACGCCACCCAGUUCUCGGACGACCCCGGCGACAACCACACCAACGUCAUCGAGCUCUCGUACUACAUCAGCCAGGACUUUGCUAACGCUAUGUACAAUGCGUGCAAGGACGUAGAGGCACCGUCCAGCAACGUGAAGGCUCUCAGUUUGCUAUGUGGCCGAGAUGCCAGUGCCUGCACCCCUAACAACUGGAUCCAGUAUAUGUUCGACAUCAAAAACGGCCAGGUUCCCUUUCCCAUCGAUCCCAUGUUCUCAGGUAAUCCGCCCUCUGGAAUGACCUUCAUGAAGAACCAGACGUUCGGCUGCACCGAGUCGCUGGACGACGGCUCGGCGCCGUGCUCGUGUCAGGACUGCAGCGCUGCAUGCGGGCCCUCGCCCGUCCCGCCACCCGUCCCUCCUCCGUGGACCAUUUUGGGCUACGAUGCCAUGUACUUCAUCAUGUGGCUCUCAUACGUGGCCUUUCUUUUAGUCUUCGGCGGCGCGCUGGUUUUAGCGUGGUGCUUCAGAAAAAGGAGCAUCGCGUCGGAGUACGGCCCCAUCCAAGACAGCAACGAGCCUCUUUCGCUGAACCAGGACUCCGCUCGAUCAUCCAGCCACGUGACGUGUUGCGAGUCUCUCGGUGAGCGCUUUGAGAAUUUCCUCCGUCGAGUCUUCAGCUGCUGGGGCUCGUUCUGUGUGCGCUGUCCCCUGCUGGUGAUCUUACUGAGCGUCGUGCUGGUGGUGGUCUGCUGCAUGGGUUUGAGGUACAUGCGCAUCACGACCGACCCGGUGGAGCUCUGGUCGGCCCCUCACAGCCGCGCCAGGCUUGAGAAGCAGUACUUCGACGAGCACUUCGGCCCGUUCUUCCGCACCGAGCAGCUCAUCAUCACCACACCGUGGACCAACUGGUUCCAGUUCGAGUCCACCACCGGGGACGAUAUCCCCUUUGCACCCAUCCUGAACAUAACCCUUCUACAUCAGAUUCUAGAUCUCCAGACUGCCAUUGAGCAACUGGAGGCGGACUUUAAUGGAGAGAAGGUUACCCUAAAGGACAUCUGUGUAUCUCCUCUGGCUCCCUACAACAACAACUGCACCAUUCUGAGCAUCCUCAAUUACUUCCAGAACAGCCACGAAGUUUUGGACCACAUUUUACGUGACGAGUUUUACGUGUACUUUGAUUAUCACACGCACUUCAUGUACUGCGUAAGUUCCCCGGUAGCCCUGGAUGACACGGGGCAUUUUCACGACCCAUGCAUGGGCACCUUUGGCGGUCCCGUCUUCCCCUGGCUGGUCCUCGGAGGCUACGAAGGAACGGCGUACAACAACGCCACUGCUCUAGUGAUCACCUUCCCGGUCAACAAUUACCUCAACGACACGGAAAAGCUGGGCAGAGCUCUCGCUUGGGAGAAAGAGUUCGUCGGCUUUUUGAAGAACUACAGCAACCCCGACCUCAUCGUCUCCUUCAACUCGGAGCGCAGCAUCGAGGACGAGAUCAAUCGGGAGAGCAACAGCGACAUCGCCACCGUACUGAUCAGCUACGCCACCAUGUUCGUCUACAUCUCCCUGGCUCUGGGACACAUCAGGAGCUUCCGUAGCCUGCUGGUGGACUCGAAGAUCUCUCUGGGUAUAGCGGGCAUCCUGAUCGUAUUAAGCUCCGUCGCGUGCUCUCUGGGCGUCUUCAGCUACGCCGGCGUUCCCCUCACCCUCAUCGUCAUCGAGGUCAUCCCCUUCCUCGUGCUGGCCGUCGGCGUGGACAACAUCUUCAUCAUCGUCCAGACCUUCCAGAGAGACGAGCGGAUGGAGCACGAGGAGCUGCAUCAGCAGAUCGGCCGUAUCCUGGGAGACGUCGCUCCCAGCAUGUUCCUGUCCUCCCUCUCCGAGACCGUCGCAUUCUUCUUAGGAGCUCUGUCCCACAUGCCAGCCGUGAGGACGUUCUCGCUCUUUGCCGGCUUGGCUGUCUUUAUCGACUUCCUGUUGCAGAUCAGCUGCUUUGUGUCCCUGCUUGGUCUGGACAUCAAGAGGCAAGAGAGGAAUCGGCUAGACAUCCUGUGCUGCAUUAAGCUGCCUGACAGCCAGGAAGAGAAAACCGACGGGAUCCUUUACCGCUUCUUUAAAAAAGUCUAUGCUCCCUUUAUUCUGAAGGAGUGGAUGCGCCCUCUGGUGGUCGCGGUGUUUGUGGGAAUGCUCUCGUUCAGCAUAGCGGUCACCGACAAAGUAGACAUAGGACUCGACCAACAGCUGUCCAUGCCUGACGACUCGUUCGUGCUGCACUACUUCGGGAACCUGACCGAAUACCUGCACACGGGCCCUCCCGUCUACUUCGUGGUGAAGGAAGGUCACGAUUACCGCACCUCGGAGGGGCAGAACCAAGUGUGUGGCGGCGUGGGCUGCAACAAUGACUCGCUCGUCCAGCAGGUCUACACGGCAUCGCUCAUGAGCGACUACUCCAAGAUCAGCACGACCCCGUCCUCGUGGUUGGACGACUACUUUGACUGGGUGAAGCCCCAGUCGUCCUGCUGCCGAUACUACAACUCUACUGGAGCCUUUUGCAACGCCUCAGUGGUGGAUCCUUCCUGUGUGCACUGCAGGCCUUCGACUCCCAGUGGCAAACUGAGACCCAAUGGCACUGACUUCAUGAAGUUCCUGCCAAUGUUCCUGUCUGAUAACCCCAACAUCAAGUGUGGGAAAGGAGGUCAUGCUGCAUACAGCACUGCUGUAGUCCUGAAGGACGACAACACCGACGUAGGCGCCACCCACUUCAUGAGCUACCACACCAUCCUGAAGACGUCCGCGGACAACAUCGACGCCAUGAAGAUGGCCCGAGAGCUGGCCGAAAACAUCUCGCUGUCCAUGGGGCUGGAGAACAAGACGCACGGCGUCUUUCCUUACAGCGUAUUCUACGUGUUCUACGAGCAGUACCUCACGAUCGCCCACGACACUGCGUUGAACCUCGGCGUGUCCCUGACGGCCAUCUUUGUGGUCAGCACCGUGCUGCUGGGCUUUGAGCUGUGCUCGGCCGUGCUCGUCUCGCUCACCAUCGCCAUGAUCCUGGUCAACAUGUUCGGUGUCAUGUGGCUGUGGGGCAUCAGCCUCAACGCGGUGUCGCUCGUUAACCUGGUCAUGAGCUGUGGUAUAUCGGUGGAGUUCUGCAGCCAUAUCGUGAGGGCGUUCUCCAUCAGCACUAAGGCCACGCGGGUGGAGCGAGCCGAAGAGGCCCUGGCACACAUGGGUAGCUCUGUGUUCAGUGGCAUCACGUUGACGAAAUUUGGCGGGAUUAUCGUCCUGGCUUUCUCCAAGUCUCAGAUCUUCCAGGUCUUCUACUUCCGCAUGUAUUUAGCCAUGGUACUGCUGGGAGCGGCUCACGGUCUCAUCUUCCUACCGGUGCUCCUGAGUUACGCAGGUCCGUCUGUGAAUAAAGCGAAAGUCCUGGCGGCACGCGACAGGUUCUCCGGGACGGAGCGUGAAUAUCUGAUCGCCAAGUGACGGCACCGAGGAAGCUGAAACGUCACUCCACAAGGGACUGUGGUAGAGCAGCUUCUCACACACACUAACGCGCGCGCACACACACACACCUUGACUAAGAGACCUUAACUCAGGACCCCUGCUCGGGAGAACAAAACAAUAAAACAGCUCGUGUGGUUAUAGGGAAUUGAUUUAUUUAUUUUUUUUCUUUCCACUUUGGUCCAUCCUUGCAACGGAUCUGCCGGAAGCCAUGACCGAAUCCGUGUUCAAGCUACAUUUAUAACACGGAGAAAAUAUUGCGUGUUUGUGUAAUUCUAACAAAACGCAACUGAAAAGUGUGCCAGAUCUCUCGGUUUAUUUAUUGUGUCUGCGUUUAUGAUUCGUCAGCCUAAUUUCAAUAAAGGGACGUCUUAUUCAUAUUAUUCUGUCAGAACUAAUGAGUCAUUUGGCUGAGAAUUUUUUAUUAGUUAUAAAUAACUUUGAUUAAAUCAUGCUGCCCAUUUAAAUAAAUAAAUAAAUAAAAAUACA